AUGUCUGGCAUUGUCACUAGACCACUUUCUGUUUUCCGCCGACCUGAUUCCUCCAAGCCAUUACAUGCUCGAUGGGGCGACGUGGGUAUUUCAGUCCCUACCGAGGGAUCUUGGAACCAGAUCGACAACCCUCAUCGUCGCGCUCUCGAAGAGCGACAGAGAUACGGGCCCGGCUUUGUACCCGGCUGUGUGAGCCCCAUCCGAGACACUUCGUUGGUAAAAGACGAAGGAGAGGAGGAUGAAGAAGAAGAAGCAGACGAAAAAGAGCAAAGGCGAGAAAUAGCCGACAAGCCUCUCCCACGUCUUCCCAAGCGCCUCCCAACCCUCGGCCGAAGCAACUCACUACAGCCUGGUCGUCUCUCAGUGCGCCUUGCCUCACGCCCCAAGAAUAUGAACGGUGAACCAAAGACAGAACAAGAAGUAUACCUAGAAAAAUCCAAGAAAUCCGACUUCACCUAUAAGCCCAUUCAGCAAGACUACACUGCCGAAGCCACCGAAAUUUCAAAGCGCGGAUACACCCAAAAUAGCCCCUCGCAGCCAGUCUGCCGGGCCCUACCGGUCCUCCGAUGGAAGGCGCGGCUCAUUCACCGAACCGCUUGGGGAAAAAGACAUCAACACGGACCAAGUAUCCCUCCACAAUCCCCCCUACAGAACGAAGCUCUCGGAAAGAAAGCAAGCGAAGAAGCUUUCUAUUCACCCCAAAAGGACCGAUCAACCAGCUCGAGUCCUAGCGCAGCCUAUGAAAUGCCACCCAGGCGGCGCACUUCGCCUUUUGUUGCAGCUGAUCGGAAGCGCAGCUCGCUUGUGCGACCGAUGACUUUGACUAUGGUUCCUGACUCGGAGGAACUAUAUUAA